GAAACCCGGGCCUGGCCCUGCCUCUGUCCCAGGGUCCCUGUGCCUACUCCCAUCAGCCUGUGCCAGGGGAGCCCGUAUCAGCUAUGGCCUCUGGCUCUGGGAGAGGUGAGCAAGGUGAAGUUCAAAGAGAAGAGCAUUGUGGGAGCUCUCCCAGCAGGUCUGCGCCGCGCCCACCAGCGUUGCCCAGGGAAGAGGCCUGUCUACCCAGCUAUCGUCACAGCGCUCGGCCCUGAGCAGGCCCAUCCUCAGGGAGGGGUUGAUGGAACGCUCCCUGGAGACCGGGGAGGAGGACCCGGACUCCCGGGGCCAUGCCACCGACUGGAGAUUCGCAGUGUGUAGUUUCACGGAGGCCUGGGAUGAAGAGGUGCCCACCCCCUGCAGGGAGGCUAAGGACCCCAGCACCCCAAGUCCACCCUCAGGGCAAGCUCAGGGGGAAGGGCUACCAGGCAGCCCUCUGUCUGGGGCCCUUCAGUCACUCCCAGAACUGGUGGCUGCACAUGGGACCGGGGAUGGCCCGCAUGGUGCAAGAGGACAGCGGGAGGAGCCAGCCCUGUCAGGGAUGGAGAGGCCUGCUGGCCCCAUGUCCUCCCACCUCAGUCCAGGAGAGGGUGGGAGUGUCACCCAAGGGGCAGACUUGGCAAGGGACCCAGCUGCAGAUAAGAUAGUGGCAGCCAGCUUGGGCCCUGAGGACUUGGACAGAGACCCUGUGGACCCUUUGCCAGAGACGCCAUUGGAGCUGCAGGAGACAGAUCCCACCGGACCCAGUUCCCCCAAGCCUACUACUGACUACCUCCUGGCCCAAGACCUGGAUUUUGAGCUAUUGGCCAGUGCUAUGGCCACCCUGCCAGGAACUCGGGAUGCAGAAGGCCGGGCGGUGCUGCUUCUGUGUGCCCACAGCCUAGCCUGGCUUCACCCCAAGAGCAGCAGUCAUGAGCUCGUCCGCCUCCUGCUCUACCUGCGGAACAUCCCCAGGCCCGAAGUCCAGACCCUGGGGCUGACCGUGCUGGUGGAUGCCCGCUGUUGCGCUCCAACCACUUCCCUUUUCUGGGGGCUUAGCCAGCUGCAGGAAGCUGCACCAGGGUCCGUGCACCAGGUGCUGCUGGUGGGAAAGAUGCCGGAGGAGGUGCCCUCUGGGCUGCAGCUGGAGCAGGUCCCCUCUGAUCAGAGCUUGCUGACACGUGUCCCCGCCCUGGGGCUUCCCUCUCCGCUGGGUGGAGACCUGCAUUACUGCCACCAGACCUGGCUAGACUUCCGGAUGCACCUAGAAGCCCUGCUGCAGAACUGCCGGGCGGCUUGUGACCUGCUGCAGGGGGCUGUCGAAAGCAUGAAGGCGGAACCCCAGCCCCAGGAGUGUGGGGAUGUGAACCAGCUGCUGCGGCAGGCACGCCUCCUGAUGCAGCAGGUGCUGGACUCACCACGGCUGGCGUGGCUCCAGUGCCAGGGGGGAUUGGAGCUGGCCUGGCUGAAGCAGGAGGCCUCAGAGGUGGUCUUGAGCCCUGACUACAGGCCGGCCGUGGACGAAGCGGAGGUGCUGUAUGGCCGAGUGGACGAACUGCUGCACCAGCUGACCCAGCAGAGCAACCGGCGAGUCCAGGCUCUGGAGUUGGUUCAGACGCUGGAGACCCAGGAGGAUGACCUCCGCCAGGUUGAGGAGUGGCUGCAGCAGGUGGGCUGGCCAGCCCUGGAGGAGCCGGCCUCGGCGUCGCUGGACCUGCUGCUCCAGGCCCUCGGCCCUUUCCAGAUGCUGGACCAGGCUGCCCAGGAGCAGAUCAGGCGUGGGGAGAAGGCUCUGCAGCCACUGGCUGGCUGGCAGGAGGCUGACCUGGGUACCCUUGGGGCCCGCUUCCUGGCUCUGCAAGGCCAAUUGACCGCAUUCUCCAAGGCUUUGACCCAGCGGCGCCAGCGACUGGCAGAUGCCGAGAAGCUAGUGCUUUUAUUCAAGCAGGCCUCGACGUGGGCCGAGGAGGGCCAGCGCGUGCUGGCAGAGCUGGAGCUGGAGCCCCCGGGGGUCGUGCUGCAACAGCUGCAGCUGCACUGGACCAGGCACCCUGACCUGCCUCCUGCCCACUUCCGCAAGAUGUGGGCCCUGGCCACGGGGCUGGGCUCGGAGAGCAUCCGCCAGGAGUGCCGCUGGGCCUGGGCGCGUUGCCAGGACACCUGGUUGGCGCUGGACCAGAAGCUCGAGGCUGCUCUGAAGAAGCCCCCAGCAGGCAGCAGAAGCAGCCUGUGUGCCAGCAGGGAGCUUGCGGCCCCUGCCCCCCCUCCCCUGAGGAAGGCCUACAGCUUUGAUCGAAAUCUGGGCCUGGGCCUCAGGGAGCCUGCCCACCACUGCCUCCAUGCCACCACUGCAGCGGCUUGCCACAGACCAGAGGCUGGAGGUGGCGUCCCGCCUGGGGUGACCCCCACUGAGCCUCUGCCAGGCAGCACUGAUGCCAGGAGCCCCAGCAGGCUACAGCUGGUACUGGCAGAGCUGGUGGCCACAGAGCGAGAGUACGUCCGCGCCCUUGACUACACUCUGGAGAACUACUCCCCGGAGCUGGACCGGCCCGACGUGCCCCAGGGCCUCCGUGGCCAGCGAGCCCACCUCUUUGGCAACUUGGAGAAGCUACGGGACUUCCACUGCCAUUUCUUCCUGCGGGAGCUGGAGGCCUGUACCCGGCACCCACCCCGAGUGGCCUACGCCUUCCUGCGCCAUAGGGUGCAGUUCGGGAUGUACGCACUUUACAGCAAGAAUAAGCCUUGCUCUGACGCCCUGAUGACCAGCUACGGCCAUGCUUUCUUCAAGGAUAAGCAACAAGCGCUGGGGGACCGCCUGGACCUGGCCUCAUACCUGCUGAAGCCCAUCCAGCGCAUGGGCAAGUACGCCCUGCUGCUGCAGGAGCUGGCUCGGGCCUGCGGGGGGCCGGUGCCUGAGCUCGGGGCCCUGCGGGCUGCCCAGAGCCUCGUGCGCUUCCAGCUGCGGCAUGGCAAUGACCUGCUGGCCAUGGAUGCCCUUCAGGGCUGCGACGUGAACCUCAAGGAGCAGGGGCAGCUGGUGCGGCAGGACGAGUUCACGGUGCGCGCCGGGCGCCACCGGUCCCUGCGCCGCGUCUUCCUCUUCGAGGAGCUGCUGCUUUUCAGCAAGCCGCGCCGCGGGCCCACGGGCACCGACACGUUCACCUACAAGCGCUCCUUCAAGAUGGCGGACCUCGGCCUGACUGAGAGCUGUGGGGACGGCAACCUGCGCUUUGAGAUCUGGUUCCGCCGGCGCAAGGCCAGGGACACCUUCGUCCUGCAGGCCACCAGCUCAGCCACCAAGGAGGCCUGGACCGCCGACAUCUCCCGCCUGCUCUGGAGGCAGGCGGUCCACAACAAGGAGGUACGCAUGGCCGAGAUGGUGUCUAUGGGUGUGGGGAACAAGCCCUUCUGGGACAUCGCCCCCAGCAAGGAGGCUAUCAGUGAUCGCACCAUCAACUAUGUCCUCAAGUGCCGAGAUGUUCGCUCUCGGGCCUCCAUUGCUGUGGCUCCACUUGAUGAUGGCAGCCCCUACCUGGGGAGUUCCGACCCCCUUCCUGGAGAUCCUGCCUCCUCCUCUGUGCUGGGGCCCCUCAACCUGCACCUGUACAGAGACCCAGCUCUUCAGGGACUCCGCUGGCCACUGUAUCCCCCCAACUUCCCCGAGGAAGCCGCCCUGGAGGCUGAAGCAGAGCUGGGCAGCCAGCCCUCUCUGACGCCCGAGGACUCGGAAGUCUCGUCUCAGUGCCCGUCAGCCAGCGGCUCCAGUGGUUCCGACAGCAGCUGUGUGUCCGGCCAGGCCCGUGUGAGCCCAGGCUCGAAGACGGGGGCCCCAGAGGAUGGCUUUCCGCGGCCCACAUGAGCAGCCCUGCCGCCCACUCUUCCUGAUGCCAGUGCCUUCUGGACAGACGUCCUGCAGGGCCUUUGCGAACCCAGUGCACCACCUUCCCUUUUAAAGAUGUCUGGAUGACACCCCCCACCCCCCACCCCCGUCCCUUGCCCCAGGCCCUCUUCUGGCGCCCUCUCAGGGCUUGAGCUGGGUUCCCCGCCUGGGUUGGCGGGGAUCCCAGGCAAGCAGGCAGGCAGGCUCUUCGCAGCUGCCUCUCAGCCCACCCCAGUGGGUCCUGCCCCGACGCCCCCGCUUAGCCCCGUUUCUCCCAAGUCUGUUGGGUUAUUUUGACUCAGUGCCCUUGGAAUAACUUUCACUUGGAGUUGUUGUCAAAACAGGCCUCCCUCGUUGGUAGGUCUCUGGCGCCUGGGAGAGGGAGUCAGGCUGCACUUGUGGUUAACUCUUUUAUUUGUUUACAAUAAAAAGUAGGUUG